AUGGACCAUCCCGCAAUUAAACGUCUAAUUAUAGAUUUCGACAGAAUGAAACAAGAUUUUAUUUCAGGAGUGUGUGCUGCACCCAAAACUAGUAACUUUUUGGUUUGGAAAGGCGUGAUUUUUGGACCGCCAGACACACCAUACGAAGAUGGUACCUUCAAAAUACGAUUGAGAUUCACGAAAGAAUACCCUAUGAAACCGCCGAAAGUUAGAUUUGUUUCCAAGAUGUUCCAUCCCAAUAUAAAUGACACGGGAGACAUUUUCAUUGAUAUUUUAGACAACAAAUGGAGUCCAAUGUACGACGUGGCAUCUUUGCUAGUGGCAAUUCAAUCGACGUUGAAUGAACCUAACACAGAUUUUGCGGUAAACAGCGAGGCAGCGCGGCUCUUCGUGAAAAAUAGAAGAGAAUAUGACAGAAGGGUUUCCGAAACAGUUCAGUGGUCAUGGUAUUAUACCCGGGACAUGGGUUGCAUUGAAAAUGUGAGCGACGAUAUUUUGCAUUCUGAUGAGGACGAAUUAGAAGGAAUUAUAGCAUAUAGUUUAAAAUAUAAGUCAAGUAUGUAUGUUCUAACAAAUGAUUGA